AACAGCACUGCGGCCAUUCUUUUGUACACACAAGAGUGUGAACCUGACAACAUGGAUGAUCUUGAGGAACUCAUCACUCUUGCCAGCCACAUUUACACCUAUGCUCUCCCUGUUAACGGUAACCUUGUCAGGGAACUUCCAACAGGCACUCUUUAUGUCACAAGGCAAGAUUCAAGCACUCUGGGUGGAAAAGCCAUUGGCUCAGCAGAUGGAGGAUAUUGCCAGCUGCCAUCCCUUAGUGCAAUGACUGGACAGCUGCCAUCUGGGAAUGUCAAUGUGCAGCUCUUCCAAUUUAAAGAGAAUCCAUUGGAAACCAAGUCCAACGAAAGCAUCACUGGAGCAACUUGCAGCUUUUCUUUGCAGAAUGGAAGCUCUCCAAUCAAAUUCUCAGAUCUGUCAGAGGACAUUGAGAUAUAUCUGCCUCGGCCUGAAGCCCCUCAGCCUAAAGUUGUAGAUAUAACCUGGAAAGCAGGGUUCGCUGUCACCUCGACAUUCAACAUCUCAGACCCAAAUGUGACUGUGGUUGUUACAGCAAUGCCAAAUCGAAACGUAACCCUCAGUGUUUCCUUGCACCCACCAGAGGAGGCGAACGCCACCUAUUUGAAUCAAAGCACUAAUAUAACCUACAAAGACAAUUAUCGCUGGCUGAUCACCCCUGAAAUGACAAAGGGAAUUGAGGGGGCCUGGAAGGUGGCAGUAUUACCAACUUCUUAUUCAUCACAAAGUGGCAUGCUGACCUUUAACGUCUCAGUUUUUGUAACCAAGUGCCUGUUUUGGGAUACCAACCUUGGAGCCUGGAGUAGAGAGGGCUGCAUGGUUGGUCACAAAACAAUGCCGAACCUAACUCACUGUUUGUGCAACCACACAACAUUCUUUGGGAGCUCCUUCUUCGUGAUGCCCAACCAAGUGGAUUUGUCUCAGACAGUAGCUUUGUUUUCCACAAUAAAUGAGAACUAUAUAGUGGUGGUUUUACUCAGCUGCUUCUUUGCCCUCUUUCUGGUGGUUCUGAUGUGGGCCUGGUAUGCAGACCGCAAAGCUCUCAGAACGCGUAAGAUGACUCUGCUGGAGGACAACCAUCCAUGUGCCAUGUACAACUACCUUGUGCAUGUGCAAACAGGCCACAGAAGAGGAGCUGGCACCACUGCCAAGGUUAUGAUGACCCUCCAAUUCCAAGAAGGGCAAAGUGAACUUUACAAUUUGUCCGACCCUGAGAAGCCAGUGUUUGAGAGGGGAGGGGUGGAUGUGUUUUUGCUCAGUAUGCCCUUCUCUCUUGGAGAACUACAGAGCAUUGACAUAUCACAUGACAACUCAGGUGGAAGCCCUGACUGGUACAUGGACAGAAUCUUGGUGCAGGAUUUACAGACGCAGGAGGUCACACACUUUCUGUGCUCCACCUGGCUGAGAGGUGAAAUAUGCAAGAGGACCUUCAACUCAGCUAAAAUGAAUGAAGUUGCAAGCUUUGGCAAUAUCUUCCAGACCCGGACAUCUUCUGGCUUCCGGGAUGAGCACAUCUGGGUGUCAGUCGUGGACCCCCCACGGCGCAGUCCUUUCACACGUGUUCAGAGAGUGGCCUGCUGCAUGUCUCUGCUGCUCUGCACCAUGGCCAUUAACAUCAUGUUCUGGAACCUUCCUGUUGAUAAAGAGUCGCCUGUCCUUCUAAAGAUAGGCUCUUUUGCACUGACAUGGCAGGAGUUCAUGGUGGCAAUAGAGAGCGGCCUCUUCAUGUUCCCCAUCAACAUCCUGAUCAUUACUAUCUUCAGACAUAUCAAGCCACGCAUUCUCCUGAACCAAGAGAAGGAUGGCACCUCCAAGAAAACAACACCAGCUGAUGCUGUUUCUAUGAACUCUAUCAUAAAGGAAACCAUAGGCCUGUUAAAUCAUCUGAGCAAAAGCCCGAAAAACAUGCUGGCUGCCAAAGAGAUCCGGCCGGAGACCAGUGGCGAUCUUUUCUGGGCCCUGAAUAAAGUGAACGAUGUCCUUCAGAUUAUGCAAGUGGAAAAUGUUGGUGAUCCUCACUGGUCGUACUGUAGUCGCUUUGUCUUCUAUUCACUGAGCCACAUUUCUAACCUGCUGGAGCAUGUGGGAGAAAAAGGCUUCUUCCUAAACGAGGAGCUUCGGCAGGCACGCGGGACAGUCGGUGUCCUGCUGAAGAAGGCUGAAAUGGCUACCCUCCAGCACGCUCCUCAAAGCCAACCAGUUGUGCAAGUACAGCAGAAGAAGCAGGGUUGGUGGUUGCCUUGGUGGUUUGUCUUUGUUGGUUGGUUCCUGCUUUUUGCCAUUAGCGGUUUAUCCACCUUCUUUACCCUGUUUUAUGGCUUCCAGUAUGGAAGGGAGUCUUCCAUACAGUGGGUGAUCACUCUUACAUUAUCUCUGGUCCAAAGCAUCUUCAUCUUGCAGCCCCUUAAGGUGAUAUUUGUGGCGAUCUUCUUCGCCAUGAUCCUGAGGCCAGUAGCUGUGGAGAACAACGAGGAGGUUGAACUGCUCCUGCAGGAGCAAAAGGAAAAAUGUGAGAAAUAUGCUGGGAGGUCAAUAUCCUGAUUACAUCUCACCUUGGACUCAAACUGUAAAGAAGGAGGCUUGAUUUGAGACGCCAUCAAACUCACACAAUUUUAUUCUAGUUCUAUUUUGGUGUCGGGAACAGAUGAUAUGCCAUUUCCAUGUCUAUGCAAAUGACUGGCGUCUCACUGUCUCUUGCAGAUUAUAAUCCAUUUGUGUAGGCAGACUUUAUAUUUCAUGUUUAUAUUUUAGUAAUUAUUACUGUGUACAGGUCUUUGUCUCAAAAUCUAGUUACAUAUUAUUGAUUUAGUCUAUACUGUUGCAAAAAUAAUGGUGUAUAGUUUAGCACACUUAAGUUUUACAUUACUUUUUGUUUUCUGAUCAAAUCAGAAAAAAGGGUUUUCUAAUAGAUGGCAUUAAUGUCAUACAUGAACAUGUCUACAUUUUGGUGGGAAGUAUCAUUCUAUACAUUGCAAUUUUUGGUUAACGUGCUACAAUAGCAGAUUCUCAUUUCACUCUUAUUUUGGUAACUGUUGAGUAGAUAGUAUACUGCAGUCUGUCUGCUGUAAUUGUUGAGCUUUGCUUAAUGUCAUCUCAGUAUGAGGGGUAGGUCAGUGUCAAUGUUGAAACUAUAUUACUUUUUUUUUUUUAAAAACACUGAAUAUUCUCACUAUUAUGUCUCAGUUUAAUUCAUGUAAUGUAUAAAUACUCUAUAAAAUGUAUUUUAGUAUAACUUCAAUAAAUAAGUUAUUUUCCAAUGCA